CCCCUCACACCACCACCACCACAACACCAACCAAAAUGCUAAUAAUCGGCCUAACCGGCUCCAUCGCCACGGGCAAAUCCACCGUCUCCGCCCUCCUCUCCAGCCCGCCCUACUCCCUCCCCAUAAUCGACACCGACCUGCUGGCCCGCAAAGUCGUCGAACCGGGCACGCCCGGCUACGCGUCCAUCCUCAGCCACUUCCUCCCCUCCACACCCGACCUGCUCCUCCCCCCGCUGGACGCCAACGACCCCUCCUCCCCGCGGCCCCUCAACCGCCCCGCCCUCGGCCGCCGCGUCUUCGGCACCUCCCCGUCCGCCAUCGCCGCCCGCACCACCCUCAACCAAAUCGUGCACCCGGCCGUGCGCCGCGAAAUCUACAAAGCGCUCCUCCACUACUACGUGCGGGGCCACUGGGCCGUCGUGCUCGAUGUCCCGUUGCUGUUCGAGUCCGGGAUGGAUGUCCUCUGCGGGACGGUGGUCGUGGUGGGGGUCAGGGAUCCGGAGGUGCAGAUGCGGAGGCUGAGGGCGCGGGAUGCGCAUUUGAGCUUCAACCACAGCGUACUGCCUACUACCCAACCCACCGCAGACAAGAUGUUCCUCUGUUGCGACGAUAGAGAUUACUGGGUGGAGAGAGAUGAGCGCGGGCCGCGAGUGUGCCGUAAGUCGUCUGACAGCAGACGCUCCUCUCUCCCCCCCAAUAUCCAUCAUCGAGGCUACGACGACGGAUAUCGACGGACCCGCCAGCCAUCGCGCGAGCACCAUCGACAGGCCCGGAGACCGGCUCAUGACUAUAUCUAUCACCCCCCUCUCCGGCGCGAAACCUACGAGGAGGUGAUUCGCCCAGUUCAUCGCCCCGUCUAUCCCCCCGUUCACCUGCCCCCUCGUCCCCGCGUGCGCGCUGAGUACUCUGUCCCAGACGGAUCCGAAUAUGGGCACUGGGUGGCUGAGAGCGAGCUUAUCGAUCUUGGCAAGAAGGCCUGGGCGGAGAAACAUGGACGCGAGCUGAGAAAGUCUAGCGAGUGGCCUGUGGAGCGGCGCGGCAGUCAGAGGGAGCAGUAUGGACCUCGCGAACCUGACAGCGUCCGAUACAAGGACCGCGAGGUGAGAGAGCAGCGUGAUGUUCGCCAGGCGCCGCGAUUUGUGGAGAGAGACGUGAUGGAAAGAGUCCUGGUGCCGAAGGGCAACGCCGUCAACGUCAAGCCUCGAGACACCACCUGGUAUGGGGUGUACAACCCGGAGUAUCCGCGCCCAAUUCUGAAGACAUCAGCCCCCGUCCAGCGCCCCAGAGAGGUGCCCGAGCAUGUCAGGGCGGAUGCCAGUUUCUGGUGA